GAUGCUACAGUUCGCACCUGCCAAUGAACUGAGGAGACCAAAGCCCUGGGUCCUGUCUAAAAACAAAACGGCUGUUAGUUUGACAGAAAAUGCAAUAUUUGUUGCUCAGUAUUACCAAUAGGGAAUAGAUGUGUAAGCCACAAGAGAUGGGAGCUCUUUUUUCUUCCUAUUGGAAGUCACUGCUGUGUUAGGAUUUAGUCUGGCAAAUUUCUUCUGAUGCCAAAUGGGGCGGUUUUCAAAAUCCAGAAGAGGCACUUGCUGUAAGCGACACUCAGCAGAGCCAGGUUCACCAUCCAUGGGAAGCAGCUCUGAGUUUGUGGUUAAAUACAGGAAAUGCAUCAAGUCUCUUUGCUUAGACACGUAUUGUCUAAACAGGUGCAGCACUAUGGUAACAGCAAAGGCCAGGUGUAAAUAUCUAAUUCAGUAUUCAUGGAAAGACCCAGCCAUCAAAUCCAAGGUCUCUUGGCACUGCCAGGUGCUUUGGGUUUCCACAUCUGCUGCCCUGCUGUGAUUUCAGUGGUAUCUUAAAAUCCAGCCUUUAAAAAAAAAGUGAAUUAAAACCUAAAACUAAACAAUCAUCUAAGGUAAAAGAUGCAGCACAGUAUUUUAAAAUUAAACUGACAGAAUUUUAAAACUUCAUUUAAAAAAAAUUAAAAUAUAUGCAUAAUAGGAGUUAUUCUGAGGUGUUUCGUUUCUAAGCCAUGUUUUCAGCUGGCCUUGCAUUGAGUACUAAAUAUUCAGAGUUACACAAGGGACUCGAGAGAUUUUUCUGCAAAUCUUAGUAUUUUAGUCAAUUAAAAAAUAAAUAACGUUAAGUUUUUGUACUACAACUAGCCAGGCAACAAUGAUUUGUGCCAGAAGAAUGAUUAAUAUCACUUUAAAAAAAAAAAAAGUGUUCUGAAUUAUUACACUAAUGACUAAGCUCCAGACUCAAAUGUUGAGAUGAUGUAAUUCUUAUGCACUGUCCAAACUGACUUGCCAUUUAUACAAAAAUCUCAUCUUGAAGAGUCGAACAUAUAACUACAACCAUCAGCUCUCUAGAAAACAUGUAAACAUGUCCCCAUUAGUGAAUUACUAAGACCUGAGUUCCUGUUUAAUAGUGUGUACUUGGGCUCACAUGUCCUGUCCCGUUCUCUUCCCCCCUCCUGCUCCCCGAGCAGGUAUUUGUUUCAAUUGGCUGUUUUGUCCAGUUUUACUGCUUUAACGGAUCACUCACCAAAGGUUUGGGAAGAAGUGAAUCAGUCUGGCCAGACAAAUCGCCUUAAAAAAGUUCAGUGGCAAGACGUGAAAGGCUGUGAAGUCCGCCAGCUAAAUUAACAGGCAAUUGAGCGAUAAAAGAUUGAGACUCACAACCCACAACAGAGGAGCUUCCCCGCGUUUCAGCAGGCUGAGCAAAGAGCUUUUGGAAAACUGUAAAGAUGGACAUUUUGCCAAUUUCUGAGUCAGAAUGUACUUGAGAGAGAACAUUCCCACAUUGGCAGGGAGGUGGAUGAAGUGAGCUCAUCACGUACCUCUUCCAUAUCUACAAUUACAGCUCAUCCCAUCCAGAAAAAUAACGGUGGCUCCAUCCCCACCACCACACACAUGUAACCUCAGCCAGCAGAAUCACAAAACAUUGUCCCAGUUAGAACUGGAAUCUACAGCAGGGAUUGCUGGAAAGCAGCUAUUUGUUUCUGGAUCUGUGGUUAGGGAGGUGGCAGACAGAGCACUUGGUUGCAGGCACACCCUUGAAAAAGCCUUCCCAUAAACCUUUUUAUUGGAUGUAAAAGUUAUUUCAUCUUCUGGGUGCAAUUCAGGAAGCGGGUGAUGCCUUACACAGUGUUCUUACGGCAUCAAAGCCAAACAUUAUCUCACUCAACUUAUUGUAAUAGUUGGUGGCUCUGUUAUGAUGGUUUUUAUACAUUUUGACAGGUAUUACUCAUCAAUGGCUACAGAGCUCUGAGCUUGGGUUCAAAGUUCAUAUAUGUUCAACCCACUGCAAAAUGUUUUCCACCGUCUUUAUCCAUUAUUCCUCCAUAGUCUGUCUCCAGCUGACCAUGUGGUGACCCUGACUUCCACACAAAAUUGGAAUUAAAAAGUCAAAACUAAUGAUUUGUUUAAAUAACUAGGUUUAAACAGCUCCCCCAAAUCAGGCUAAUUAUUUGUAAACAGAGAUGGGUUAAUUGCUGGGAUCACUCACACAUGUUUAAGCAGGAAAACAGAUCAGGUGUUUCUUUCAGAGGGCAGGGAGUUGUUUCUCUUCUUGCUGUCCAGGUCAAUCAUCUUUGCUCCUUAAGGGCCAGCAGUGAACUGCUUUUGUGAGGGGGAGAAGUUGGCUGAAGAAUUUCUCAUGUUUUUCUGCCCAAGAAAGCCACCUGAAUUCUCAUAGUGCACAGAGCUCUGAGGCCCGGACAACCAGCAACUUUGUGCCAACUCCAAAAUGCAAUUUCCCUCUGGAGACUCUCUGGAAGAUUUUAAUGUCUUUUGUGAAACAACUCAACAAGAAGACACAAAGAUUAUCUAUAAGACUCCUGUUUUGGUACUGGAAAACAGUGGAAGCCUGGACAUGUCAAAGUUCAAGAAGACCUUCACAAGCUUAAAGCGAAAAAUAUCAACUUGGAAAGAAAUGUAGAAGCUGUGGAUAUUAGUGACCUUGGAACAGUAACUGAGAGAACUGAACUUGGGCUGAGAAAACACACAGAAAAUUAUUUAAAUACUACAAACAGACAAGUGUUAACUAUUUCUUCUACUGAUAAUAAAGAAGUACAUUUAAAAGAGUCCCCUAAAUGCAUCAGCUGGAAAUGGAUAUGAAAAUUAUGCUUGACCUAGAGAACAUCAAUAAUAAAGCUGUUUUAAAUAAACAGAAUUGUGAGACCAGGCUGCCACUUAUAACUAAGAAAAAAUCUGCUCCUAUGAGUAGUCAGAAGGCAGCGAAAGGUCACACAGUCAGCAGCCUCUGGCGUUUGCCUGCCUCUCCUCACGUGGAUUCUCCCUUACCCCUGUUAGAAGAUGAUGUGACAAAAGGUAUUCUGAGCCUAACUGAACAAAGGCUUGUCCCUCCAGCAGCCAAGAUAACUCUCCAGACAUGUCCUCUUGUAUCCAAAGCGGUGCCUUUCCAUGAAUUUCACAGGCAGGUCCAAAAGUCAGCUCUAGGAGAGAUUAGAAGUAGGGUGGACCCUGAGAAUCCAGACAGCGUCACCUUCCCGAACCCGAAGGAAGCAAUUUCUGGCAAAUAUUCCUCUGGUAAAGGUAGCAUUGCACCACUGCCAUCCAGCAGCUCCGUGGUUUCAGCAAGAAAAUCAAAGCCAGUGCGGAUGUAUCCAGCUCAACAGCUGGAAUCUGAGCUUCAGAUUCCCUCUCAGACACAGCCCCCACAAAUGUUUCCAUGUCAGUCCUUACAGGGUCCGUGUUUUGAUUGCGAUGUUGAUGUUCACCAUGGCACAAUAGACCAGAAAGCUCCAGGCUUUCUGGCAUUCAAGCAACGUUAUUGUUCAUCCUGGGAGAGCAUCGUCUUUUUUUUGGAACAUACAGAAAAGCUUCUCAAGGACUACGCUGUACCACUGGCUACAAUAAACUGUAAGAAGUUGGCGGAAGUUGCAUCAGACUUUGAGCUUAAUAAGAAACCCACCAAAAGUGACAUUCUGUCAGUGAUAAAGAAUCAGUCAACUGUGGAAAAGAUCUUAAAUCGACCUGGCCGAAGAUGCAAAGGCCAAGGAGGUACCGAAAUGGCUGCUGCAAAGAUCCAAGCAACGUGGCGAUGUUAUCGGGCCAGAAAAGCCUCUGUCCAGCUCAGGCAGCAGCAGCGGGCAGCAGGUGUGAUCGCCAUUUCUUGGCUCUUGCAUAAUCGCAUGGCACAUGUGAAAAAAGCCCUGAAGGAAUCACGUCAGAGACACCUGGAGAAUUUUUACAUCAGGGCCAAGCAUCUGGCAGCCAACUGGAAUCGCAUCAGGACCUCCAGGAGGACUAUUAUCCAUAUCCCAUCAUUAGGCUAUUCCCAGUGCACCCGUGAGCAUAUUCCCAAUCUCGCUCUCCAGCAGAACUUGCAGAUGGGGAGGCUGUGUGACAUACUGGAUGCCAACGUGGACGUCAUCUACAUCUGCCCCCUUCAGCUGAGUGAGGAGUUACUGCGGUAUUACAAUAAACUCCUGGGUCUGCAGGCAGCUGUUAGAUCUGGGAACCCUGAGGACAUGGCUGACCUGCAGGACAGGUUCAAAAUUCUCACCCCUGAAGCUAUAAACAGCUUCCCUAAGCAUCACAUGUGCCUGGCCACUCAACUGAAGUACAGUCCCAAGACAAUCCAAAAAAUAAAAAUUCUUCUCCAGAGCAGAGAUGCCUACAUUAUAGGAGGGGUUCCCCACAAAGAUGAUUUAGCAGUGGCUGACAUGCUAAAUGUCCCUAUAUUGGGCUCGGUGCCAGAAGUGGCUCAUCUCUAUAGUACCAAGUCUGGAAGUAAACGCAUUUUUGCCAGCGCUUGUGUGCCAACCCCUCCCGGAGAGUCUGACAUCUCCAGCAUGGACCAGAUGAUUCGUGUUCUCAGCCAGCUGAUUGUUGACAAUAUGGAUGUGCGGCGCUGGCUGUUUAAAGCGAACGAGGGAUCUGGAGGAAAUGGCACUGCCUAUUGUGAUGUUAUUUCACGUUUGAAAUGCUACCCCUGGCUUCAAAAAGAGCGUCAGAGGUACAGCCCUGAGAAGUGGAGUAAGAAGAGCGCACAUGAGCCAGCUUUGGUGAAGAUCUCCCAGGAGCUGCCGGGCCUUUUAGCACAGCACGUACAGCCAGUCAAUGAGAAACGAUUCCCUACAUGGGAAAAAUUCCUCCAAACAUUUCUUAGUCAAGGUGGUGUGAUAGAAGCCUUCCCGUGUGCAGAAAAAGUCACAAACCUGACAGUGGAUAUGCUGAUAGAGCCAACAGGCAAGAUAGAAAUCGUGUCCUCCGGAGAGCAGCUCCAUGCUGACGGUCCUUUGCGAUCAUCUGGCACCACCAUUCCGCAGUCUUCUGUUGAUCCGGCAGUUCUCAAUUCCCUCUGCUUAAAAAUUGGAGAAACCUGUAAAUCAAAAGGAGUGCUUGGUUACUUCUCCGUUGAUUUUGUGACUUUCGUCCAUCCACAAACUAUGGAGCAGCAGGUAUGGGCAACAGACCUUGACCUUUGCUAUAGUGACCAGCUGGCCUUGACUCAGCUCAUGUUGUACAUGACAGAUGGAAACCUGGAUUGUCACUCCAGCCGCUUUGAAGUAUCUCUUGGAUCAAAUAAAAUGAAAAGCCAACGUAUUCAGCAUGAGGAGACAAAAACUCCUGCUCCAAGAAGCAACCGGUGUGCGGCAGCAAGCGCUCAGCUGAGACACUCUAGCCUCUCGGGGGUCUCCUACAACCUUCUCCUCCAGAUGUGUCAAGCUCACGGCGUUGGAUUUGACCUCCAGGAAAAACAGGGAACAGUUUUUAUAUUGUACGAAGAUCAGAAGCGAUCCAGCCUGGGAAUGAUAACAAUCGGAGAGGAUCUCCAGGGGGUCCUCAUGACCUUUGCUCGCAAUCUCUUCAUCAUCCAUCAAGAAAUAUCAGCACCUAAUAUGCAAGGCGAGACCAAUUUUAAGAUGGCAAUUCAAGAUAUUGAAGCAAUUCUAGGAAUUACAGCAGAAAACAAACUGAAAUUGGAAGAAGAGCAACCUUUGUAAGCAGAUGCUCUGAAAGAAUAGUUAACAGGAAAUGUUUAAGUGCCUUAUUCUUUAUGCUUCUGGAAACGCUUUCUCAUCUGUAAGAACAGGUUUGGUUUUUCUUCUGCACUGGCGCAUGAAGUAAUAUGAACCGAGACAGAGCAAUUUCCAUGGUUUCUGAGUGCGGUGUUUACAAUACCCCUUCUUUCACAAAAAGCAACUGCUGUAAAGCAGUUUAGUGAGACAGACUGUGUGAACCCUAUUAAUAAGAUUUUAAAAACAGAAACUGUAUUUCAGAAAUGACAGUAUGAACUUUUUUUUUUUUGUCAGAAUUGCUGUGUGCUGUUGUAUUAAAGGACGACAGUUGCUUCUGCACAAUUAUCUUUAUCCAUCAAAUCUCUAAUCUCAUCCCAACAGAUAACACAUUCUGAAUUUUACUAUGGAAAGUGUGUCAUCUUCAUCAGAUGGGCACUACUGUCCCAAGGGACAUCCUUGAGGUUACUUUCCAAAAGGCUCAGGUAAAACCAGUUUUUAAGACAAAUAAUGAAAUGUAACCAAGCAGUUGUAGAUCAGUGCCCAGUUUUUCUGAUGCCUGAGUCUUUGAUCAUUACCUUCAAACAUUGUAUUUUGAUUAGCCUGUUUCUCUUUUGGUCACAGAAAUAAUUAAUUGCAGAUGAGGAUGUUUGCAUAAAUGCUGAUCCCUGAUUUAAAUAAAAAUCUAAAAGAAUAUUUUUAA